AUGCAGCCGGUUCUUCCAGCCGUUCUGAUCCUGUUGAAUGUGGGUUUUAUCAUUUUAAUUGAGCUUUUUUGUACAAUUUUAGGCCUUUUUUGUCAGUUUUAUUGUUGGAGAGUGGAUCUCUCAGCUUUAUAUCUUGUGGGAAACUUUGAGAUUUCUUUUGAACUUAUAAACAAACUAAAUUGUUUAUUAAGCGGUCGUUUUUCUCAACUUUAACAUUCCACUACAGCUUUUUUGCGUAUGAUGAAAGUUAUAGACGGAAUUUUAUCGGUCGUUUUUCAAAUUUCUUUCUGAGUUCAAACGUUUUUCUGGCGUCUUUCUUGAACGCGGUUGAUCUCUCAUUUUUUUUUUAAUCGACUAAAGGUUUCAGGUAUUAAAUGUCCGCACAUUCGAUAUUCAAAAUGGAGUCGUUGGCAGGCCGGACGUCCAAUGCGGAAUCGACACAAUUUCUGUGACAGUUAAUACGGAGAAACCGUUCAAAGGUGAUUAACUCAGGUUUUUUGAAAAUAUUUUCCACAAAAAAAUAUUCAGAAUUUUUUAAAAAUCUAUAUUUGUGUUGUAAAAAAAUUGAAAAUUUCAGUUAUAAGUUUGAACUUGAAAAUUCAAUGUUCUCAUCAUUAUUUAUUUUUUUUUUGUAGGAAGACUGUAUGUGGAAGGCGAAUCCGACAAGAAUCACUGUGUUCAGCAAUCUUUCGAACUGGAAAAUCAACGAUUUGAGAUUCCCAUUGGCGCCUGUAACAUGCGGCGUCAGAGAACGGUUCCCGCUUUUUUUUCAUUUAUGCAAUAAAAAAAGUUUUAACAAUAUUUUUUCAGCUUCAUCCCCGAGGAAUCGCAUUUUCCUUCACUCUUGUCGUUUCUUUUCAUCCGGUUUUUUGCUAACUUCCUUUUUAUUCACUUUCAAAAAUUCAGUUCUUCGUAACUGGAAUGGACCGAGCCUUCAGUUUGCGUUGUUUUUUCUUGGAAUCGAUUAAAAGUCUUGAUGCUGCUGUUGAUGUUGGGUGAGUUGCACUAUUGAUAACAGUUUGAAAAUUUGAAAAACUGAAAAUUAGUGCAUUUGAAAUAAAGAUGUGUAUGCACCAAACAUUCAAUUUUACGCCAUACAUUUUUUUCUCUUUUAUUCAAUAAUGUUUUCUUCAAUCAGAUUAUCCCCCGGAAACAUGUUUUUUUGUUGAUUCUAAUAAAUAUAAGUGAAUUUAUAAGCGACUUAGUCGUUUGAGUGUCGGUUUGAAUUAUUUUUUCACGAUUUUCUGUGUUUUUAUUUCUGAAACGCAUUGUUUUGCAGAACAUUGGCGCCAGAAACAGUAGAGCAAGAGUUUUCUUUACCGGUAUGCACCUACCAUUUAAAAGAAGGAGUCGAAGGGCCGCCGUUAAGAUUUGCCCAAGUUGGCCAAAAGGUCACGCAUGUUUGGAAGUGCGAUCAGGGUCAGUUUUGCCCUUUGGAAGAUUUCGGUUGCAAAAAUGAUACCUUCAGGAGCCAGCGUGAUUUACGGCAUUCUGAUCCACAGCUGCUUUGCUGACGAUGGUCAUGGCAAGAACUUUGAGCUCGUCGAUGAUCGCGGGUCUGUUUUAAUGGUCCCUUUAGAACUUAGUGAUUUUGUUGAGUUGAGAAUGAAUUUUAAUUUUAAUAAUUUCAAUUUUAAUGGGGAAUAUUUUUCUUUACAUCGAGUUAUCUGUCCAGUUUUUUUAUUUAAUCUAUUUCAAAAAGUGAUUUUGACCACCUGAAACCAUUCUGAAACCAUUCUUAAAUCCUCGUUUCCAGCUGUACCACGGAUCCCUACCUCCUGCCUCAAAUUGACUAUGAUCAUAACUCGAUAUCAGCCUUUACACAUGCUCAAGUCUUCAAAUACGCUGAUAAGGUAAUCUAUCUUGGGAUAUGUUGAAAAUUGUUGGUUUUGAGGUCCAAUUGUACUUCACUUGUACCGUACAGCUGUGCUACAAGCACGACGGCGGCUGUGAAGGGAUUACGGUAAGCGUUGCGGCUCGCGUCGCGUUUUUUGAUAAUGAGCUUCUUCUUUUCGUUCUGAAAGAUUUGUUCGAUUUUCCCGUACCUUAUAAAUUUAUUUUCAAAAGGAGAAAUGUAUCUUUUGAAACGAAUUUCUGAAAGUUCAGCCUCCGAGUUGCGGCGUCGACGGUCCGCCUCAGACUCGUCCAGGAGUGCCGCCUCAAGGUUCUCCUGAAGGUCCGCCGCAAGGUCCUCCACAGGGUCCUCCGCAAGGUCUACCUCAGCCAGGACCACCUCCGAACUUCGUCCGACUACCUGGGCCAUUUGGAGCUGGACCACCUCAAGGGCCGCCCGUCAUCGUCGGUCCCCAUCGUCCUGAGUUCCUCGGGCCUAAUCGAGGCCCAAGCGCCGAUAGAUCUGGAUUCCUGGGCGAGCCGCGUGGAAACGUCGAGGAGGUUGAUGCAGGGUGGGUUUACUGUAGCAAAUGGUGACCUUUUCGAGUAAGGUAGUUGUCUUUGUGAAGGAAAACAGGAUUUUCAAACUUUUUUGAAUGGAAGAGGCUAUAAUCAGGUUUAUUACACUUCAAAAACCCUGGAUAUUAUUUUAUUCUUUUCACUUAAAUAACCACUUUAAGGUCUCCCUACCGCGACAGUCCACUUAACGAAACAGAUCCUGACGAUUCGGAAAUUAUUACCAUCACUGUGACGACUUUGACGACUCCGGGUGAGUUUUAAUAUUUUUUCAAAAAAAAAACCAUCUUACAGCUCUUCUGACCUUCAAACCAACUUCUACGACUACACCGAAAUCUACAGGUUUAUUUUUUUCGAAAUUUUUUGAUCAAGUCCAUUUUUCACAGUGAGAACUACCAUUGGAACCUUGACUCCCUCGAAACAUACCACUUCAAAAAUGUUUGCGACCUCCAAUCCCCCGAAAAAUCGACUCGGCAGUUCUGGAAACAUGGAGACGGACGUCACGGUCGAUGUUAUUGUACUGCCGGUCGAUGAAAAAGAGAGAAAAGGUGCAGUUUUUCAAGGAAUAACGCAAAAAACAAUCCAUAAGAAAUCCUGAAUGGUGCCAUUCUCCAGAACCGCCCAACGCGCUGACAUUCGCCAAACCCAACGACGUCUGUAUUUCGCGGCCGGUCAGCGUCGUCUGUGUUGUUGGAUUCACGACACUGCUCCUGAUCUGCUGCGCCGUCACCUUCUUCUGGUCCAGGAAAACCACCACCCAUCGAAUUCUCAUGCGAAGACAUCUUGACAAUUUUUAAAUUGAAAAAAAGUUUUAUUUCCAGCUCAAUUUCUUCCGUUCGCUUAUAUGUGUAUACUUGCCUGCGUUGCAAUAAAAAUUAUUGUUUAAAUUUGAGAAAUUAUGAAAGAAAUUGGUUGAUUCCCAAACACCUUUUAUUUCAGGAAAAGUCGUGAGCUCGUGUUUAUUCCGUAAUGUGCGCCUCAGCCAAUGCGCUGUAUUUGACGACGUUAGGAUUUUUAUUUCAUUUUUGUCCGCAUUUAUUUUUGUUUUUGUAUCACAAAGUAGCCUGUUUGCGUUUAGUUUUAUUUGUGAGGUUAGUAUGACGUUGCUGCUUGUCAUCUUUUGACUUGAGAGUUUUUUUUUCAUAUAUUUUGGGGUCAAGAUUAGUAAAAAUAGGAUGAGUGACAAUUCCAAGUUUUGGGGUUUUUUUUUCAAAUUUUCUUUCUUGAGUUCCGCUCAAUUUUUUUAUGGGUACAAUUUUAUGAUGGAAUUUUUUGUUUUUUUUUUGUUUUUGAGUUGGUGCGACAUGAUUUAACUUCGAAUUUUCACAGGAUUCCGUAAAAACCAAAAGCAGAUGCUGUUUUUUUAUUCAAUUUCAAUUUCAAUUUGUUUAUUUUUUUCGCAACAUCGGGAUGGUAUGGUGAUGUUGCAGGGAGGGAAAAAGACCACUAGGUGGAUUAACUAACCCCACCUGUGAAGAAAAAAAAAGUUUUGUGUAAGAAAAGAAACAUAGAACCAUAAUAAGUAGAUAUUUAAAACCAAGUUGAUCAUGGCACAAAUCUGUGAACACUUGAAAGAAUAUGCUCGACGCCAACAUUAUUGAAAAUAUUUUCAUUUUCAAACGAUAGUGGAGGUAGCUUUUGGGUUUUAUAGAAUUUUGUUCUAAUCAGGUUAACCACGUAAUGUAGAUUUUUGAAAUGAUUUUAUUUUUUCUCGUUUUUUGAAUAUUUAACUAUCUUUGAAGAAUUGCUUUCGUUUUUUGUUUUUACUAGGCGUAUUUUCAAUUUCUCUUUUAUUAUGAAGUUCGAAACUUUCCAGGAAAAUGUCAAAGUUCGAUUUAACGCAGCGCAUGGCGCCAUUCUUCGACCUUCAUUUGGUUAUCCCUUUGUUGGAAUUCAUCGAACCAAGAGAGGUGGCUUUUAAAAAAUAUAUCAUUUAAAAUGGUAUUACCUUGAAGAUCUACGACGAGUCCUCGAUUUUGGAUAUGCAUCGGCAAAUCCUCAACCAAACCAACAUGAUCGACAGUUUGAUCGAGUCGUAUAACGUAAUUCGAGUAAAUGAAAAAGUUUUAAUACGGAAUUUCAGGGCAAAAACGUUCCCAAGGAACUGGUUCAGCGACGAGCCGAGAUUCUCAAGGAAAGAGAUGAACUGAAGGCAAAGGUUUCGAUAAAUAUUGGAAAAAAUGUGUAAGGAUUCAUUUUUAAGGUCGACCCAGUGGUAGCCAUUUUGGAGCUGGCUGAGGUCAAGGAAAUGCUCGAGAACGCGAGGGAUCGCGAUGGAAACACUCGUGUUUUGGAGUACCUCCAACAGAAUCACAAGGUUUUUUGAGAGGAAAAAUAUAAAUGGCUAGAUUUUUGAGGGGAAAGACGAUUUUGCUACAUAAAUGAGCCUUAAAAAGUACAGAUUAUUUGAAAAUUCUGCGCCUGCAAAAACCGAAAAAAUGUUUCAACAAAUUUUAUAUAUAGUAAAGAGUCACCAUUUCCAACUUGGCGUCCUAAAAUAUUUUAAAAACCUUUUCCGUCUUUUGAAAAUCUUUUUUGAGUAGAUAAAAUCCUAAUUAAGUUCAAAAAUUGAUGAAUUUUUUUCAGUUCACCGUUGACAUGAUCGACGUCCUGUACAAGUACUCCAAGUUCAUGUACGAGUGCGGAAAUUACCAAGUUUCAUCGGUAAAAAAUCUCAAAUUUGUUGCAAUAAAAUAUAUUUUUGGUAUAGGUAUGCUUGUAUUAUUACCGGAACUUGGUCAACCAAGCUGAUCCCAACUAUUUGAACGCCCUCUAUGGCAAGUUGGCCAGCGAGAUUUUGCUCCAGGUUCGUUUUUUUUUUUAAGUUGUGGCAGUUUUUCGCAGCGGGAAUUUUUCAAAAAUUUGAUUCGUAUAAUUUUUGUUUGAAAGAAAUUUUGUGAUUUGAUUAAUUUUAGUGCGUUUUGUUCUCUAUUUGUUUUUGAAAAAGGAUUUUUUUCAAGCUAAGAUUUUGUGAAUUAAUGCUAUUCGAAUAUUUUUAUGAAAUUCAAUUUUUUCGCGUCUCCCUCCGAACAAAUUAAGGGGGUUUCAUAAACAAAUAACUUAUUAUUUCAAAGAAAAAAAUUUCUUACGUUUCGAAAAUGGUAUAAUGAAAGUUUUAAGAUACUCGUCAAAAAGCAUUAAAGUACAACUUUUCAGGAAUUCGAACACGCUCGCGACGAUCUGAUCAAACUUCGCGCCUACAUCGACGCGAAUCCAUUCGAAACCGAGUGGGAACUCGUCACUCAAGUAUCGAUCCCGAAAAUCAAUCGAUAAAUGUGAACAUCUUCAGCGCGCCUGGCUCAUGCACUUGGCCUUGUUCGUUUUCUUCAACUUCCCCAAGGGACGCGACGAAAUUGUCGACCUUUUCCUCAACCAACAGCCUUAUCUCAAUGCGAUUCAAGUGAAAAUCCCCAUCAAAUGAUCGUCAAAUACAGAUUUUUCCAGGUUCUGGCACCUCAUCUUUUGCGUUAUCUGGCUGUGGCGGUUGUUACGAGCAAGAAUCGUCAGAAGAACAGCUUGAAGGAUCUGAUCAAAGUCAUUGAUAUUGUGGGUUUUCAAGAUGGUUUGGCGGAAAAAUGAUGGGAAAAUUUGGAAGUUGAGAGUUUUGAUGCGAUUUUUUGUCCAGGAUUUUCUGAAUCGAACUUUUUUCAUUGGUCUGAACUAUAUCAAAGUCUUGAAAUUUUUAGAAGAAGAUUUAUUGGAAUUUCGAAACGAUCUUUUUUUUCCAGGAGCGACACAACUACGAAGAUCCGGUGACGGAUUUCCUCACUUGCCUUUACAUCAAGUACGAUUUCGAUGAGGCUCAGGAGAAGCUCCAACAAUGCGAAGAGGUACAGACAAUGAAAGGAAAAAAAAAAAACAAGAAAUAGACAUUUUCCAUCUUGAAAUUGUGCAGCAAAACUUUUCAAAAAACUUGAUUUUCAUGCUUUUUUGAAGGGAAUCUUGUAGAAGAUGUGAAUUGUGGGAAUUGUGGUCCUGAGAAACAGAUAAUUGAUUUUUUCAACAAGAUUGAACUUUUUGCAGGUCCUGUCGAACGACUUCUUCCUGACGGCUUGUCUGAACGAAUUCCGCGAAUCGGCACGUCUUCUGAUCUUCGAAAUGUUCUGCAGAAUCCAUCAGUGCAUCACGAUUGAAAUGCUCGCCCGUCGCCUCAAUAUGACCCAGGUUUAGUCGAAAAUCAUGGAUUUUAAAGAAUUUUGCUGUGUAGAUUUUCUAGGGAUUUUUUAGAAGCGAAAAGAAAUCAAAUGAGAUCAAAGAAGCUGUUUUUGAAAAAUCUAAAGUUGUCUCUUGAAACUUCCAAAAACUCUUCACAGCUUUCACGAAUCGCCUUUAUUUUUCAGCCUCUUUUUUUCUGUUUUAAGGCCGAUUUGAGGAAAUUCAAUAAAUUCACUCUUUCCAGGAAGAGGCCGAGCGCUGGAUCGUCGAUUUGAUCCGAACUUAUCGAAUCGAAGGCGCCAAAAUCGACAGCAAACUUGGGCAGGUCGUCAUGGGCGUCAAGGCGAUCAGCAUCCAUGAACAGGUUUUUUUUUUCAAAUUCAAAAAGUCUCAAAAAAUAUUCAUUAAGUGAAAUCAGUGAUUCCCGAAAUUUCUAACUUAUUUUUAUCUUUUUAACCGAAAAUUCUAUAUUUUGUUUCCUUUAAGAUCCUAUUUUUUUCAAGGUGACGGACAACACGAAACGCCUGACCCUACGAGCCCAGCAAAUCGGCCUCCAACUCGAAAAAACUCGACAAGAAAAAGAGAAAGCUAAGGCCAACUAA